AUGAGCGGCAACAGAUUCCCCGUCGAUCUCAAGCAGUUCAAGCAACUAAAGCUUGACCCCAAGAACAACACCCUGAAUGCUGAACAGAAGAACGAUCUCCAAAACAACAUCAACAUCUUCCGUGAUGCCAUCAUUGCUUUCACAGCGACCGGUGCUGCCCGAGGAGUGUCCGGUCACACCGGUGGCCCAUUCGACACUGCCCCAGAAGUCUGCAUCCUACUUGCUAUGAUCAAUGCGAACCCCAAUGGCUUUGUCGACGCGCUCUUCGAUGAGGCAGGCCACCGUGUCGCUACGCAGUAUCUCUUGGCUGCAAUGGACGGCAAGAUUGACCCCGAACACCUAUUGAACUACCGUGACGCCAACUCGAAGCUUCCCGGUCACCCCGAGCUUGGCCUGACUCCCGGCGUCAAAUUCAGCUCCGGUCGCCUCGGUCACAUGUGGGGAAUGGUCAAUGGUAUCGCAAUGGCCAACAAUAAUAAGAACGUUUUGAUGCUGGGCUCCGACGGAUCGCAGCAGGAAGGAAAUGAUGCUGAGGCUGCACGUAUUGCAGUCGCCCGCAACCUCAACGUGAAGCUUUUCAUUGAUAACAACGAUGUCACGAUCGCUGGCCACCCUUCGCAGUACCUAAAGGGCUAUGAUGUUGCCAAGACCCUCGAGGGCCAUGGAUUGUACGUUGUUCGCGCAGAGGGUGAGAAUCUGGAUUCCUUGUACCCAGCCGUAGCCGAAGUUAUCAACCACAAGGGUCCUGCGGCAGUCGUCAUCAACCGAACAAUGGCGUCCGGCAUUGAGGGUAUUGAAGGCGAGACUCAUGCCCACGAUGUUAUCACCGUUGAUAUUGCCCGCAAGUACCUCACUAAGCGUGGAUACAGCAAGGAGAAGCUUGCAUUCUACGAUGACAUCAAGGGCCGGUCUAACCCCCACCAGUAUGAGGGCUCCACCAAGGAGAAAGGUGCCAACCGCGUUAUCUUCGGCGAAGCUGUCAACUCGAUUCUUGAUGGCCUCAGCAAGGAAGAGGCUGCCCGCCGUGUCAUGGUGAUUGACUCGGAUCUUGCUGGUUCCACCGGCUUGAAGGCUAUUGGGGCUCAGCACCCCGAAGUCUUCGUUCCCUGUGGUGUCAUGGAGCGUGGUAACUUCUCCGCAGCUGCCGGCUUUGGCUUUGGCAGCAAUGGCGAGCGUCAGGGUGUCUUUUCUACUUUCUCUGCCUUCCUGGAGAUGUGUAUCUCCGAGAUCACUAUGGCCCGCCUGAACAACUGCACCGUUCUCUCCCACUUCUCGCACAGCGGUGUCGACGAGAUGGCCGACAACACCUGUCACUUUGGCCUUAACCAUUUCUUCGCUGAUAAUGGCCUCAUGGAUGCUGAGACUACAUCGCUGUAUUUCCCUGCUGACGGUGAGCAGAUGAAGGCUGUUGUGAGCAAAGUCUUCUGGGACCAGGGCAUGCGCUUCAUCUUCUCCACCCGUGCCAAGGUGCCUUACAUCCUAAAGGAGGGUACCGACCAGAAGCUCUAUGGUGAGGGCUACAAGUUCGUACCUGGUAAGGAAGAAGUCAUCCGCAAGGGUACCGCCGGCUACAUCGUUACCUACGGUGAUAUGGUCUACCGAUCGCUUGAUGCCGUUGAAAGUCUGCGCCGGGAGGGUAUUGAUGUUGGUUUGAUCAACAAGCCUACCCUGAACGUCGUCGACGAAGAUGCCAUCCGUAACUACGGCUCUACUCCCUUCGUCCUCGUCAUUGAAUCCAUCGCUCAGAAGACUGGUCUUGGCUCUCGCCUCGGCUCUCAGCUUUUGGAGCGCAAGCUCACACCCAAGUACAAGACCAUGGGAGCCAUCAAGGAGGGCUGUGGCGGUCUCUUUGAGCAAAUCAAUGCCCAAGGUCUUGGCCCUGAGGAUAUUGUUAAGGCUGUAAAGGAAAUCUCUGGAAAAUAG